AUGUCGCUCGAGAUCCACGAGGAGGAUGGUGGUGGUGGGGCGUCUGGUGCCCGCCCGGCGAAGGUGAUGUCUGUUUCGGGGAGCGGGAAGCGGGGGCGGUACGUGCGGCAGGUGACGGGGCGGCACAACGACACCGACCUCCACGUGGCCGCGCGGGGCGGGGACGCCGCGGCGCUGCGCCGCGCGCUGUGUGUGGCGGCGGCGGCCGUGGCCGCCACGGUGGAGGGACCCGAGGACCUCGAGGCGGCGCGGCGCGCGGUGGCCGCGGAGCCCAACGAGGCCGGGGAGACGCCGCUCGUCGCCGCCGCGGAGAGGGGCCACCUCGAGGUAGUCGUGGAGCUGCUCCGGCACCUCGACGCCGAGGGCCUGUCCGCGAAGAACAGGUCGGGGUACGACGCGCUGCACGUCGCUGCCAGAGAAGGGCGUCAUGCUGUUGUGCAGGAAAUGCUACACCAUGAUAGGAUGCUUGCCAAAACAUUUGGCCCUGCAAAUACUACUCCACUUAUAUCAGCAGCUAUGAGGGGCCAUAUUGAAGUUGUUGAACUAUUGCUGGAACAAGAUGACUUUGGAUUGGUGGAAAUGGCCAGAGAUAAUGGAAAAAAUGGCUUACAUUUUGCUGCUCGACAGGGACAUAUUGGAAUUGUCAAAGCGCUACUUGAGAAGGAUCCUCAGUUAGCAAGAAGAAAUGACAAGAAAGGUCAAACAGCUCUUCAUAUGGCCGUAAAGGGUACAAGCUGUGAUGUUCUUAGAGCCCUAGUGGAUGCUGAUCCAGCAAUUGUAAUGCUGCCAGAUAAAAAUGGGAACACGGCUUUGCAUGUCGCAACAAGAAAAAAAAGAGCAGAGAUAGUUAGUGUUCUUUUGCGGCUACCAGAUACCCAUGUCAAUGCACUGAACAGAGACCACAAGACUGCCUUUGAUAUAGCUGAAGGGUUGCCAGUAUGUGAGGAGUCUUGUGAAAUUAAGGAUAUUUUAUCUCAACAUGGUGCACUCAGAUCUAGGGAGCUGAAUCAGCCUCGAGAUGAGCUACGGAAGACAGUGACAGAGAUAAAGAAAGAUGUCCACACACAGCUGGAACAAACAAGAAAAACCAACAAAAAUGUUCAUGGCAUUGCUAAAGAACUCAGAAAGCUGCACAGAGAAGGCAUCAACAACGCUACGAACUCUGUAACUGUUGUUGCUGUGCUGUUUGCAACAGUUGCUUUUGCAGCUAUAUUCACCGUACCUGGUGGAAAUGACAAUAACGGACUUGCAGUUGUUGUCCAGGCUACAUCCUUUAAGAUAUUCUUCAUCUUCAAUGCCGUAGCUCUAUUUACAUCAUUGGCAGUGGUUGUAGUUCAAAUAACAGUUGUCAGGGGAGAAACCAAGUCUGAGCGAAGGGUUGUUGAGGUGAUCAACAAGCUUAUGUGGAUAGCAUCGGUUUGUACUACAAUAUCUUUCAUUGCCUCCUGCUAUAUUGUGCUAGGCCGCCAUUUCCAGUGGGCAGCAAUAUUGGUAUCUUUGAUAGGUGGUGUCACAAUGGCUGGUGUACUUGGUACUAUGACAUACUAUGUGGUGAAAUCAAAGCGCCAAAGGAAGAUUAGAAAAAAGGAGAAGAUGUCAAGAAGAAGUGGCUCAAGCUCUUGGUAUGACAAUACUGAGCUCUCAGAUACUGAACUUAACCCAGUAUAUGCCUUGUAA